AUGAAGGCGGUGGUUGGCGAGGAAGCGCUGUCGGCCGAAGACAAGCUUUCGUUGGAGUUCCUUGACAAGUUCGAGCGCACGUUCAUCGCGCAGUCGCCGUAUGAAUCGCGGACGAUCUACGACUCGCUGGACAUCGCGUGGAAUCUGCUGCGCAUCUACCCCAAGGACCUGCUCAACCGCAUUCCGAAGAAGGUAAUUGACGAGUACUACCAGCGGGCGGCGAAAAGCCGGCCCACGCGCCAGGCGACGAAGGACACGCGGGACACUAGCGGCGCAGAGGGCACGCUGAUCGACGC